AGAAAUAUGGUACGACAAUGAAAUAUGCGCUAAAACUGAGAGUUCAAUUCAGCGCCAACUGAGAAACACACACAGAGAGCAAAGCCGAGAUGGGGGCGGAGGAAGGAAUGGAGAGCAACCCAAAAACAUUCGUAGAAGAAGAAGAAGAAGAUGAAGAUGAUGAUGAAGGGCCCCCGCCUGGUUUUGAUUCGAUAGCUAUAAGGUCACAACUUGAAAACAUGGAUGUUGAGGAUGAAGAUGAAGAUGACGAUGACGAUGACGGCCCUCCGCCCGGCUUCGCUGAACCACACCAACCAGAAACGCCGCCGCUGUCGGCUACAAGUCAUUCUGAUACACAAAGGUUAAGAAAUCAGGGGCUUUCAGAUGUAGAAAUUGGGAAAAAACAGAACGAGACUAAAUAUGAAGAAGACAGGCCUCCAUUGGGCUCGCAAUCUACAAGUCCAAAGCAACCUCAUCAAUCUAUGACAUCAUCUGAACUUGUCUCUGAUACACAAAUGAGAAGCAUUGAAGAAGAUGAUGAUGGUCCACCACCAGGGUGGCAAUGGAACCCUCAACAACAGCCACUGCCAGAAUCAAUACCACCACCUGGGCUCCAAUCAGCUCCAUCUUCUAGUAUACAAACAGGGAUCAUUCAAGAAGAUGAUGAUGGCCCCCCACCAGGGUGGCAGUUGAUCUCUUCUCAACAGAGACAGCCACAAACUAUUCCAUCGUUACUGCCCCAGUCAGUAGCUCCUUCUGAUAUUGAAAAGGAGAAUAAAGGAGGAAACAAAGGGGAAAUUGAAUGGCGCCAAUCGGGCUCAGAAUCCUCUCCUAUGCCAGAAUAUUCAUCCACACCUACUCGACAUUCAUCAGUAGCUUCUUCUGAUAUUGAAAUGGCUACCAAACAACAAAGCAUAAAAAAUGAGGAGAAAAAACUUCGUACAGAUAGGGGACCUUCUCAACGUAUCAUAUCUCGACUCCCACCAGCUGCAUUGCAAAUUUCUUCUGAGGUUGGUCAAUUGGUAUGUGGUACUUGCCGACAGUUGCUUUCAUAUCCUCGAGGUUCUAAAUGGGUUCAAUGCUCGGCCUGCCAGACAGUUAAUCUUGCCCUUGAAGGUCAUCAAAUAGGACAAGUCAAAUGCGGGGGCUGCACAGUAUUGCUAAUGUACCCAUAUGGAGCACCGUCGGUUAAAUGUUCUUCUUGUCACUUUGUCACGAGAAUUGGGGCGCACAACAGGCGACCUCAUCUGGCUGCACAACAGGCUCGGAGACAGCGCCCUUCUCAUCAAGCACACUAGGGGGUUCUUAUGUCCAUUUUGUUCUAGAGCUGGGGAGUGGUCCUGUUGAGACUAGACUUUACCCUGUUCUGACAUUUACAUUUACCUAUUUGGUGUAAAUUCUCCUGUUGCCUUUUUGUUCACAUGUUUAGCUCUUGCUAAUCAGUUGAGACUUUACCCUUUUGAAGUUUCACUUCUGUAGUUGUAUUUGUUUUAACAGUUUGUACUGAUGCAAGAUGUAUACCAAUGCCGAUCAAAGACUUUAAGAGUGUUCCUGAAAAUAUGUUUGAGAAGAAAACAUUUCAGAGCACAAAUUG